AUGGCUUCUUCUUCUUCUCGCAGUUUGAUAUACGAUGUAUUUCCCAGCUUCAGCGGUGAAGAUGUCCGUGGAUCAUUCCUCAGCCACCUUCUCGAGAAGCUUCAACGCAAAGUAAUCACUACAUUCAGAGACAACGGCAUCGAGAGAAGCCGUCGGAUCGCACCUGAGCUUUUAUCAGCGAUUAGAGAUUCGAGGAUCUCGAUCGUCGUCUUCUCUAAGAAGUAUGCUUCUUCCACUUGGUGCUUGAAUGAAUUGGCAGAGAUCCACAAAUGA